CCGGUUUUAGCGUGACGUGUUCAUGGACCCGCCAGUCCGGUUUUCUUCCCCUACAGGUUUGAGAUGAGGAUGAGGAGGAUGAAGGGGAUGAUUUUCGCAUUUUAACGAAUUUUUCUGCGAUGUUUUUGCCUGAGAGUCGGUGAGAGGCGCAUGCCGGAGCCCAGCAGCGCAGUGCGGCGCCGGUUUAACCGCAGGCGGAGCGGGAACGGAGGCUUCAGGUGGAGCAGACAGCGGUAACACACCUGGCCUGAAGAUGAGGAAGAGUGUGGACAGUGGGUUUAUCUCUGAAGUUAUCGUCCGGCUGCUGCUGCUGGCUGUCUUCCUAGUGACGGAGGAGCUGGAUCCAUUCAGCCGGCAGAUCCAGCCUGAGGAACUGUGGCUCUAUAAGUUCCACCAUGUAAAGAAUGAUCGCGUUCCCACCUCCUGGAUGUUCAGCAUCGCUCUCUUCACCCCCCUCGCCACCAUCCUGAUAUUUGCCUUCCUGAAACAAACUGAAAAAGGUGACGUCAGAGAAGCAUCUCUGGCUGUGACAUUGACGCUGGUUCUGAAUGGAGUUUUCACCAACGCUGUGAAGCUCACUGUGGGAAGGCCGAGACCAGAUUUCUUCUACCGAUGUUUCCCGGACGGUCAGAUGAACCCGGAGCUGCGCUGUACUGGUGAUCCGGACGUCGUUACAGAGGGCAGGAAGAGUUUCCCCAGCGGACAUUCAUCCUUUGCGUUUGCGGGUCUGGGCUUCACAGCGCUGUAUAUCGCUGGUAAGCUGCAGUGCUUCAGUCCGGCUGGUCGUGGUAAAGCCUGGAGACUGUGUGCCUUUCUCACCCCGCUCCUCUUCGCCAUCAUGAUCGCCCUUUCCAGAACUUGCGACUACAAACACCACUGGCAAGAUGUGCUGGUGGGCUCUCUGCUGGGAUUGUGUUUCUCCUACCUGUGUUACCGGCAGCACUACCCGGCGCUAAGCGAGUUGGACUGCCACCGGCCGCUCCGGCUCCGGGAGAAGAACCCGGCAGCACAGGAGCGCAAACAGGGCAACCCAGGCUACCUCCUACCUGUAUGACCCAGCGUUAGCUCUUACACACCCGGGAGAUAGAACGUGUGGAAAUAUGUUCUAUGGGAGAUGUGCAUUUUUGGUAUAUACAUUUUUUGUAUAAAAAAACGAACUGUAAAGGCGUGGGGGCAGAGCUACCGACCACUUCUGCAUCAAACACUGCCGACAGGCUAAUGCUGCCAGUUUCUAUCCUGUGUGUGUGUUUACAUGUCUGAGUGUGUUUCCUAUGAUCUAUGAGGACCAAUAUCCGUUUUAGAAUGUUAGACAUUAAAAAAAAUAUAUAUAUAUAU